AUGCAUAAGCGGAAUACACUAAGCCCAACUGCAACCUUCCCCUCCAAUGUUCCCUCCUGCAGAUCCCUGUCAUCCAGUGAGGCUGGCCCCAGUGGCCCCUCCAGCCUCUCAGAUGGGGAGCUGGCCCGGAACUUACAGGACAGCAUCAAGCACCGCAUCCUGUACCUCUCAGAGCAGCUGAGAGUGGAGAAGGCCAGCCGGGCCAGGAACACUGUGGGCUUCCUCAAGCUGGUGUCCACAGCCGACCGGCACCAGGCCCCCCACAUCUGGCAGGCCUUCGAGAAGGUGAACCAGCAUGCCUCUGCCACCGUUGCCCAGAUUGAGCGAAGGCUCCACCGGUGUCACCAGCAGCUGCAGGAGCUGGAGGAGGGCUGCAGGCCCAAGGGCUUAGCGCUGAGGGCAGAAAGCAGCCUGGGGGACAACUGCGAGCAGCCCAGCGAGAAGGCUCUGUUUUCAGAGCCCCCCAAGCCAGGUGCGGAAGACUGCCCGUCCACUGGCCUGUUUGAUGUCAUUAGACACUUCUCUCCGGAGAGUCACUCCCCAGCCUUGCGGCAGAGGAGGUCCUCGGAGACCAAGCAUGGGGUCCAGCCGCGAGACCUGCUGUGGCAGAAGGUGAAGGAAGAGCUGAUCAAAGUCAAGACCUUCCACCUCAGCUUGCAGGUGUCCUAUCAGAGCCUCAAGGAGCGGUAUGUGACCAACCUGCAGGCAUUGCUGGAGUCCCUCUGGGAGGAGAAGUGCAGACAAGUGCAGCUGGAAGGACAGGUGAAUGAGCACCUACAGGGGCACCUGGACAAGAUUUACCACCUCAAACAGAAUCUGGCCUGCACCGAGGAGAGAAUGGCCUAUCUGUCCUACGAGAGAGCCAAGGAGAUAUGGGAGGUUAUGGACACGUUCAAGAGCCGUGUAGUCAAGCUGGAGGCUCUGCAGCAGGUUACCCAACUGGAGGUGACAGAGGGCGUGCGUAGCCGGCCCCGGGGCUUCCUGGUCCUGGUCUCCAGUGCCUGCGCCUGCCCGGUGCCGCUGCUGAACUCGCGCCUGCGCACGGGCACCGCGUUCCUGCUCGUCGGGCUGGACGCCCUGGCCUGGCAGAAGCAGCAUGCCAUCCCCGCCGCGGACUGGCAGGCCUGGGUCCCCUCCAGAUGGAGACUGUGUUCCGGGGAUUCCAAGCCUCUACCAGAGGGGCCUUAAAGGGCCUGGCUUCGCUAGCUCCUCCCGCCUCCCCAGACAGCUGCUUCUCGGCUCCCCCUUUCUUGUUCCAUCACCAGCAGCCCAAUGAGAGUAUCAUUGGCUUCCUUUGUAAUCCUAUGGAUCUCAUUGUGCACGUCUGCCAACGUUCUUCUAAGAAGGGGUCCACGGGCUUCCCCAGAGGGCUGAGGAUGUCUGUGGCCCCAAGACUGGUGACCCGAGAACAGACCUCGAGCAGUUGCAAAGGCAAGACGGACUGUCUUUCUGUCAUUCUCUCCUCAGAAUCUGAAUUGGAGAUCACUUCAGGCGGCAACAAGACAAACCCAAGUUAGAUGUGGGAGCUAAGGACCCAGGCAUUGUGACCAGGUGGCCCUGGGAAACUUGAAAAAUGGGAAGGCAGCUGCAAGUCUUCGCUGCUUUGAUGGCCGGGGGCCUGGAGACAGGCUGCACGUGGUCAGCGAUGGCCAAGUUCACCAGGAUCCAGUUCAGAGGGUGGCGCAGCUUCUUGAACUUCAUGGUGGCUGCCAGCACGAGCCCAUUGGUGAGGAUGGAGGCGACGACCACAAAGACCAUCCAGACACUGCCCUUAAGAACACGAUUCUUAGUGGGAGAGAAAGGAGACGCAGAGGUCAAACCCAACUGGCUCCACUGGGGAACCAAGUCACUAUUUGGAACUGGGCGAAAUAGAAGGAGACUCAAGCAUCUCUUCUGCCUUUCCCAUGCACACCGUGUCCCUGGGGAACCCGAUAGCACGUACCUACCGAAGAUUUACAGAGGAAAUGAUGUGAUGUCUUGGAUCUGCUUCCAGAAAUCGGCAGGAGUGGUUGGUGGAGGGGUUAGAGAUGAAAUAAGACAAGUGAUGGAUACCCGGGGGCCAUUAUACUGUCCCCUCUACUUUGGUAGACACUUGAACUUUUGAAAAAAUUUUACAAUAAGGAAUCUUGUGCAUCGAUGAAGCCCCAGGGGCCUCCAGGGAGAGCAUUGUUGUGUCUACAUCGAGGACGUUUUGGGGUGCAAACAGUCAGGUCAAGGUGAACUUCACGGUUCUCAACCGAUUCGGCUUGGGAACCCUGUUGCUGGUCCUGCUCUGGCUGUCAAGGAGCUGGUGUGGCUUCUGGAAACUGCAGCAAGUGAGACAUUCUUAAAGGAACUGAAGGUCUUUGGUUUGAAGAAGGGACCUGGGGAAGGGGGGCCACGGGCUGAGGGUCAUUACACUCCUCAGGUCUCUGAUGGACUGGCAUGCCCAGGGCAGAACUCGGGCUACCUCGAUGGAGUUUUCGGCUUUCUUUUGGGCCAAAGCCCUCUCUACUGGGGCAGCUUGGAGCAGAACAGCUGCCCCGGGAGCCGAGCUAGCCUCUUCCCUAGCAUGUACUGCCAGAGGCCAUGGGCUCUGCGCAUGAACUUGGACAAGAUGGCCACCACGGUCUCUUCUACCCUUAGGCUCUCGAAGUCACUCACCCUCCUCCGGGCCAACCCAGCCUCCCACUCCUGCUGGUGGUCUCCAUUUGGCUUUGGGAGAUGCAAAGAUGAGUCAGGCCCAGUUCCCUCCCUGGAAGCUCAGGGAUGAGUGUAAUAAGCGCUCACUGGCAGUCUGGGGCCACACGGGAAGAGUUCCUGAACUUUCCUGGGGCAGGAAUUCUCAAAGGGUCUGGGAAGCCCAUGUGGUUUGAAAAUGCGCAUUCGAUAUUACGGUGUCCUUUUAUAUUCAGAGAGGACCCCCCCAUUCAUGUUAUCAUAAAGGCUAAGAAAGAAGGCCACUCGGGCCUGUGUCCCAGGAGGGCUGUCCCAGCCAGCGUGACCCAGCCUUGGCACCUACUCGCUCACCUCUGGUGGAGCUGCUGCUGGUGUAGGUGAAGACGCUCCCCUGGGUGCU